ACAGCAGCGGCUCCGAGACCCACAGUAGCAGCGAUCCGCUCUCCACGGCGCUUCACCUUCCCCUGCACCGUCUCCACCCCGCAGACAUGGACCUGGAGGUGCUAACGCACCCGGCGCGCUCGCUCUCCAUCCUCCCCGCCUCUGCGCUCUAGCUGUGCGCUCCCGGCCCCAGGCGCGUCCCGCUGCCGACCACAAGGAGACCGCCGUGUUAUUUCGUCCGUCGCUGAGACAUCGCCGCGCAGGACAGCAGAGACCGAGCGGCAGAGAGGACCACACAGUCGUGACGGCAGAGGCCGUUUCAGGAUACCGGGCAAGUGAGAGCGGCUUUCCGCGUCCUCCAUCAUGGCGAGUGACUCCCCAGCUCGGAGUCUGGACGAAAUCGACCUGUCCGCUUUGAGGGAUCCUGCUGGCAUCUUUGAGCUGGUUGAGCUGGUGGGAAAUGGCACCUACGGGCAGGUGUACAAGGGUCGCCAUGUUAAGACAGGGCAGCUUGCAGCCAUCAAGGUCAUGGAUGUCACCGGGGAUGAGGAAGAGGAGAUUAAAGCGGAAAUUAACAUGCUGAAGAAGUACAGUCACCACCGGAACAUCGCCACCUACUACGGAGCCUUCAUCAAGAAAAACCCUCCUGGCAUAGAUGACCAGCUAUGGCUGGUCAUGGAGUUCUGUGGAGCCGGCUCAGUGACGGACCUGAUCAAGAACACGAAGGGCAACUCCCUGAAGGAGGAGUGGACCGCUUACAUCUGCCGAGAGAUUCUCAGGGGUCUGACUCAUCUCCAUCAGCACAAGGUCAUCCACAGAGACAUCAAGGGACAGAACGUCCUGCUGACGGAGAACGCAGAGGUCAAACUAGUGGACUUCGGUGUUUCGGCCCAGCUGGACAGAACAGUGGGAAGGAGGAACACGUUCAUCGGGACGCCAUAUUGGAUGGCACCGGAGGUCAUCGCCUGUGACGAGAACCCAGACGCCACGUACGACUUCAAGAGCGAUUUAUGGUCACUGGGAAUCACAGCGAUAGAGAUGGCUGAAGGAGCCCCACCGCUGUGUGACAUGCACCCAAUGAGAGCGCUCUUCCUCAUCCCGCGCAACCCCGCCCCAAGACUCAAGUCAAAGAAGUGGUCGAAGAAGUUCCAGUCGUUCAUAGAGAGCUGCCUGGUGAAGAGCCACGGUCAGAGACCCAGCACAGAGCAGCUCCUCAAGCACCCGUUCAUCAGGGACCUGCCCAACGAGCGGCAGGUCCGCAUCCAGCUGAAGGACCACAUCGACCGCACCAAGAAGAAGAGAGGCGAGAGGGAUGAGACAGAGUAUGAGUACAGUGGCAGCGAAGAGGAGGAUGAAGAACGAGACAUGGGGGAACCCAGCUCCAUCAUCAACAUCCCGGGCGAGUCCACCCUGAGGCGGGACUUCCUGCGCCUCCAGCUGGCCAAUAAGGAGCGCUCGGAGGCGCAGCGGCGGCAGCAGCUGGAGCAGCAGCAGAACGAGGAGCACAAGCGCUUGCUGUUGGCCGAGAGACAGAAGCGCAUCGAGGAGCAGAAGGAGCAGAGGAGGCGGCUGGAGGAGCAGCAGCAGCGCGAGCGCGAGCUGAGGAAGCAGCACGAGAGGGAGCAGAGGAGGCGCUACGAGGAAAUGGAGCAGCUCCGUCGAGAGGAGGAGAGGAGGCACGCAGAGCGAGAACAGGAGUACAAGCGUAAGCAGAUAGAGGAGCAGCGGCAGGCGGAGCGGCUACAGAGGCAGCUCCAGCAGGAGAGGGCCUACCUGGUGUCUCUGCAACAGCAGCAGCAGCAGCAGCAGCAGCAGCAGCAGCAGGAGGGAAGGCAAGCAGAGAAGAAGCAGCUUUACCACUACAAAGACAUCAUCAAUCCGAAUGACAAGCCUGCCUGGGCUAAAGAGGUCCCGAAGCAGCAGCAUGUUCAGGGUAACCCGCCCCACUCCCAACUGCGACAUCACCAAUCGUUCAACCAGCCGGCUUCAUCCGCUGGCUCUCACGGCCAACACAGAGCUCAAGCCCCUAGGCGAACCCCAUCCCAUGGUGCCCAGCUCCUCUCCACUCACCUCCCUCAUAUCCGUAUUUCGCUAGACCCAGGAGAACCCCUAGAUCCUGGGCUGAAGCAGGAAAUAAGUCAGCAGGUUAGAGAGUUUAGGGCUCAGAAACUUAGUCAGAGGGGACGCAGCCCAGGGCCCAUCCGAGAACACAACCAAGCUGCUAGCCAAGGGCCCGGUAAGGGACCUAGCAAGAGCCAUAAAGAGCAGUUUAGUCAAGGGCCAGUCAGCCAGUCUAAUCUAGUACCCAACCCUUAUCCUCUGGGGCCCAGUAAUCAGAAAGAGAAGCCUAGAGACAGGCCUCUCUCUGCCCCCAAUCAGGCAGCCAUCCAGGGGCUAAUGUCUGCCGACCCACAGCUAAAGGCCCUUCAACCUUAUCCUCAGUCCCCAGGACAGGUCCAGAAACCCCGGUCUGGAUCUAACCCUGUUUCCAACCCCGCGGUCAAACUGGUGGAGGAGCGCUCUAAGCUGAACAGACAGAGCUCCCCGGCGCUGCAGCACAAAGUGUCCAACCGCAUCUCCGACCCCUCCCUCCCUCCCCGCUCCGAGUCCUUCAGCAGCGGGGGCAUGCAGCCCGCCCGCACCCCACCCAUCCACCGCUCCAUCGAACCACAGAUGGCUCACCUGGUUCCAGUGAAGACCCACACCAGCUCCAUGUCCGGCUCUCAGUCUCUGCAGGACCAGACGGGCUCAGCUCUGGGUGAGGGCGUCAGCGUAGGGUCCCCCAGGCCCGAGAUGCCUCGCCAGAACUCAGACCCCACUUCUGACACCCCGGGACCCCCGGUGCGCAUCACAGGCAGGGAGGAACGGGACAGAGACAGGGAUCGGGACAGGACCGCCUGGCUAAGAGACGAGGACAUCCCACCCAAGGUCCCCCAGAGGACCACUUCCAUCUCCCCUGCCUUGGUCAGGAAGAACUCCCCUAAUGGAGGAGUGGGCCUGGGCCCUCGCACAGGCUCUCAGCUCAUACGGGCCAGUAACCCAGACCUGCGGCGCUCAGACCUCUCUCUGGACGCCAUGCUGCAAAGAACUUCCUCCAACUCGUCAUCCUCCUCCUCCCCUUCGUCUCAGGGAGGCUCAGCCGAGAGGAGAGGUCAAACCAAGCAGGAAGGAUCCCCUCCUGGAGCCAAUCAGGAGGCAAAGCCCAAACAGGAGGAGGGCCGUGAAUCAGCCAGACCCAGCAGACCUGCAGACCUAAGUGCAUUGGCAAAGGAGCUCAGAGAACUGAGGGUAGAGGAGGGCAGCAGACCUCCAGUCAAGGUGACAGACUACUCGUCCUCCAGUGAAGACUCAGAGAGCAGCGAUGAGGACGGGGAGACGGUGGGACACGAUGGGACUGUUGCUGUUAGCGACAUCCCUCGCAUCAUGCCAGCGGUGCAGAGCAGCGGUGAGUCGUAUGGCGGGCUGACAGAGGACUCUCUGGGAGACGCCUAUAAUAGCUCCAAGGAUGGCACUCUAGUGAUGAGAGAGGCAGAGGAGAGGAGGAGAGGUGGUCACACUGAGAGUAACGGGUUCGGGAAUCACAGUAACAACGGAAACCUCCCUGACCUGGUGCAGCAGAGCAACUCUCCCUCAGCCACACCCACCACAGCCCUGCAGGAACUGGGCGACAUGGCUGAGUUUGGUGUGGGCGGGUCCAAAGCGUCCUUCACCCCAUUUGUUGAUCCACGCGUCUACCAGACCUCGCCCAGUGACAACGAUGAGAACUCAGCAGCAGCCAUGUUUGCUAACGAGCUGCUGAGGCAGGAGCAGGCCAGGCUAAACGAAGCCAGAAAGAUCUCCGUGGUCAACGUCAACCCCACCAACAUCAGACCCCACAGUGACACACCGGAGAUCCGCAAAUACAAGAAACGCUUCAACUCUGAGAUCUUGUGUGCUGCGCUGUGGGGUGUGAACCUGCUGGUGGGGACGGAGAAUGGUCUGAUGCUGCUCGACCGAAGUGGACAAGGAAAAGUCUAUAAUCUGAUCACCAGGCGGCGCUUCCUGCAGAUGGAUGUGCUGGAGGGGCUCAAUGUGCUAGUCACCAUAUCUGGUAAGAAGAAUAAGUUGCGUGUCUACUAUCUGUCCUGGCUGAGGAACAGAAUAUUACACAACGACCCGGAAGUAGAGAAGAAGCAGGGCUGGAUUACAGUUGGGGAGCUGGAGGGCUGUGUGCAUUAUAAAGUUGUAAAAUACGAGAGGAUUAAGUUCCUGGUGAUCGCUCUGAAGAACUCGGUGGAAAUCUACGCCUGGGCUCCCAAACCCUACCACAAGUUCAUGGCCUUUAAGUCAUUCACGGAGCUGCAGCACCGUCCCCAGCUGGUUGACCUCACGGUGGAGGAAGGCCAGAGGUUGAAGGUCAUCUAUGGCUCCAGCGUGGGCUUCCAUGUCAUCGACGUGGACUCGGGCAACCCUUACGACAUCUACAUCCCCUCACAUAUCCAGAGCCAGGUGACGCCCCAUGCCAUCGUGGUGCUCCCUAAAACUGAUGGAAUGGAGAUGCUGCUGUGUUACGAAGACGAGGGCGUCUACGUCAACACCUACGGUCGAAUCACCAAGGACGUGGUGCUACAGUGGGGAGAGAUGCCUACCUCUGUUGCCUAUAUCCAUUCUAAUCAGAUUAUGGGCUGGGGUGAGAAAGCCAUAGAGAUCCGCUCUGUGGAAACAGGUCACCUGGAUGGAGUCUUUAUGCACAAGAGAGCCCAGAGACUCAAAUUCCUUUGCGAGCGGAACGACAAGGUAUUCUUCGCAUCGGUGCGUUCGGGAGGUAGCAGCCAAGUCUUCUUCAUGACUCUCAACAGAAACUCCAUGAUGAACUGGUGAUGGCUCCCCUCGCCGUCUACUCUGUCUCGAUCUCCCAUCGGCCGGCCCGGCGACCCACCUGGGCCCACAGCAGAUCUCACAAAUGAACCCGAGAAGUGAACUCUUUUAACGCACGAGAGACUAAAACGGUGUAGAAAAAAAACAGUUAUCGUAGAGAAAAACAACAAAGACCUAAAUAAAGAGACAUGCUACCCUAGAUCAUGCCGGGUCAUGCAGAAGCCAUCGUUACUCAGCUGACUGGCAAACUGGUGCCACUGACUUUCCAAAUAUUCCUACUUUCUCUGUCUCCGUCUGCAACUCUUUCCCCUUUUUGUCUCUUCUCCCCAAACGGACCAGUGCAUUCAAGUGUGCAACAGCGGUAGAAAUCCACUUUACGCCUGCCUCCAUCUUCUCAACCCUCCCUCCAAAUCUGGCCGUCACCUUUCCGACCCUUUGACACCCACGUCUUCCAUUGUCCUCACUUCCUUUCUGCCCCGUGUGCGCCCAUUCCCAGCAGAACUGAGAGGUCGGAGAAACAGACGAAUAAGACUUCAUAAGAAUUUACCUAUGACAAGCGCAGGGAGGGCAGCUGAGGGACGACAAAUCAAUUCUGGAUGUCGGCGGUGAGAGCGGGACAGCCUGAUUGAUUUUCCCUCUCCUCCGUCACUCCCUGCCGCCACCUCCGCUUCCUCCCCCCGCCAUCUUUUCAGGCCUUGAGUGAACUGAAUUGUGAUUUAAUGUUCUAUCGCGCCUCGCUGAGAGGCGGGUUGUUAAAGUAUGCAACGAUGAUGUCUGCGUCCCUUUAAAAUGAAAUCACUGGUCCGUUCUUCUCUCCUUUCCCCAACCCCCUUUGCCUCCCUCCAUCAUCAUCAUCGCACUCAUCUCCCUGUUUUCCCGUCUUUAAACUCUGAAAGGUGCUGCAUCAGAUAUACUGUAAUAUUAAAUGAACAAUGAGAGCGUCAUUCUGUUCAUUCUACUUCUUUUCUUUUUCUGUGGCUGAGUCGGUCAGUCUUUGAAGCUUGGUGAAAUGUACAGCACAUCUGUGUCUCUCAAAUCAGGAGCGUGUGUGUUAGCGGGUGUGUGUGUGUGUGUGUGCGUGUGUGUGCGUGCUCGAAAAGAGUCCCUUUCAAAAUAAGUUGGAAUCAAAGUGGGACAUCGAAAUCAAUGUCCAGAAAACGAGUCGAGUAAUUCGCUCUCUGUGCGUGAACUUUUACCUUAAUGCCAUCAAAGCAACACUGAGUGUGUUUACAUGCAGAUUUAUCACAUUAUCUUCUUAGUAUGGAGUUCAUGAGUUGGUGUAUUUGAACACCAAGCAUUUAAAAAUAGGCAAUAUUGGCGUUUUUUUUUGGUUGUUUGUUUUUUUUGGAGUAUGUUUCCUUUAAUGCACAUUCACAGAUGCAUCCAUGUUGCCGUCGGGAACAUGAACACAAACAGUUAAUCCUUGCAUCAGCAGGACACGAGCUGCAAUCCCGAACACUGUGUGCCCGUGAAGGCGCUCGCCGUCGAAGCCCGCGGUGUCCGUUUCGAAUCACGCUCCUCCCUGAUUGGUUCUCCUGAUUUUUUGGCUCCCACCUGUCUGUGCGGUGCCUGGCACGACGUAAGCAAAAGCAAAAACGGAGGCCAGAAGUUUAUCGCUCACGUUAUAAUUAAUCGUUUAAUCGCCUGUUUCGGUUACUCCACGCCAUUUUCUCUUGUGUUGUUAUCUAACUUUAACACACUGCUCAUGUUAUUUGUCUCUUCUAAUCGAGAUGCGUGUUAGCAGAUUUAAGGCUUGAUUUAUUCUUUGAAAGGAGUCGCUGAAUAUGAAGUGAUGCAUUUCUCUUUCUGAAUAUUUCGUACAGCUCAAUCAUGAAAUCAUACUGUAUUGAGUUUAUAACACUAUUGAGGGUGGGGCGACUUCAUGCAUGCUUAUCCACAUCGGAGGGCACUGCAAUGCAGAUUCGUCUUUUUUUUUUUUUUGUGGUGGUGGAAAAAGACAGACUCAUUCCCUGACGAUGUCCUGAUCAUCUGAAGUUUUGUCUGCGUGGUUAUUUUCAGUUCUAAUACGCAUCCACACGCAGCUGCAAGUUAGAUUCACUGAUCUCUGCUAGGGGGAGCAGGCUAACAUUUUAGCAAUAAAGAGUCGAGCUGAAGAGGCCACUGUCUUCCCUGUGUGUGUGUGUGUUUGUGUGUGUGUGUGUGUGCACGCAUGCAUCUGUGUGUGCGAUUAACGAGCAGGUGUGAGUGCGGCAUUAUGGCUGCGUUCGUCCAUCGUGGAUUUCACUCUUCCCAUAGCGAAGCGCUGACGGUCAUCACACUGAGGACUCUCCUUUCAAAGACGAAACCACUGUAUUCUUUAUUCUGUUUAUUUCCUGUUUUCUUUUGUUUUGAAAGAGCAUUACUAAUGUCCUGUUUUGGGAUUUAUUUGUUUUGUAAAAGAGAAGCCGUGAGAGAGAAAUAAAUGAAACUAGAGCAUUA